AUGCCCCUCAAGUACUGUACGUCAAGUGAGAAAGUGUGCCCCGCAGGUCCCCCUGGACGUCCUGGUCCCACUGGGGCAAAAGGACCCCGUGGUAGGAGAGGACCAAAGGGGAAAAGGGGGCUUCAAGGUCCCAUGGGACCACCUGGAAAAUCCGGAAAAACAGGAAUGACGGGUCCUGCAGGGCCGAGAGGAGAAAAGGGAGACAAGGGAGAGCCUGGGCCGAAAGGCAUGCCGGGACCACCAGGAAUACCUGGGAAAUCGAUAUCUGCUCCACAAGUAAUGUUGUCACCGGCAGAACAGACACGAGAUGAAGGAACAAAUACGGCUUUUUAUUGCACAAUUGGAGGAAAUCCUCCCCCUGCCGUCGAAUGGCGAUUCAAGGGCAGAAAGCUUCUACCAGGUGCAAAGUAUCUGAUUAAAAAGGGAGAGUUGAUCGUUAAGAAUCUGAACUACAGCGAUGCUGGGCAGUACACAUGUCACGCCAGGAACAUUCUUGGAUCGUCUGAGGCCACUUGCAAUUUAUCUGUUCAAGGUAACAUCAGAGAAUAA